AUGGUUAAGUUCAUGCGAUUGGGUGCCGCGACGGCUUUGUUGCUGCUCGCAGUGCCUUUUGGCGCAGCUGCCUCGGAUGGAUUACAACAAGACGUUGACGGUGAAAAGCGAUCCGUGUUCAAAGACGACCAUGAGUUUUGGUCUAGGUUCGUAGAUGAGGUGACUUUGGACUGUGUUGGCCCGAAUGGUGUUCCAUGCGAAGAACUCGAAGAGCCGGAAGGAACCUGCGCAAUUGGCUCAAGCCUCGAAACUGUGAAGUUUCUUUUGAACUUUUGCACCUGUGACGAAAGUGUGAAUUCCCAACCAGGAUUUCUCUCUACCUGUCAAGAUGAAGGAGACUUGCCUGAAGAGGGUUCUACUGUCCGAGUUACUUGUUUGGAUGGUGACUCAAACCUACUCUUCUCUCAGAACGUUGCAGAAGGGGACAAUGUCGUCAUCACAGGCAGUGCAAUUCCCGAUGAGCUUACUUGCUCGCUCUUUAGCACAGAUGGCACACUUCUUCAGAGUUUUGUGAUCAAUACAUCUGGCCAAGUAGACCUGUUCCUCAAGGACAAAUUUGGUAGCCUGGAACUUCUGGCAUGUGACGACCAAGACUGUUUUCCAGAUGUGACCUACACCUACACUGUGAUCAACACUGGUGGAGUCCCAGUCACUGUUACCAAAUUUGAGCGUGAUCGCAAUGGUGAGGUGGUAGACUUACUGCCCGGUCUUGAUCCAGUUGUAGUUCCUGCCGGGGAGACUUCAAGUCAAACCGAGGUUGAAGCUGUUGACAUCUGCUUUGACAAUGAAUACAUCACCACAGUUGAAAUUGAAGCAUUUCCACCAACAGGACUUGUGUGCCCAGCUUCAGCUGAAUACAUGUUCUCAACUGAGGUUGGUUGCAAAGUGGAUGUUGAAAUUGAGUGCAAGACAGAAGAUGGAACAGAAUGUUCUGACUUGGAACCGCCAACAGGAUCCUGUUCUCUCACUGGUUCUCCAAUCACUGAACUGAAGUUUACUUACAAAGAUUGCACAUGUGAUGAGAGCUUGAACACACAAGACGAUGCGAUGUGCAGUGACCUGGCACCCUUUCCCAGUGGACCUGUCACGGUGACGUGUGUUGACGCAGAAGAUGGCUCUGAGCUUGAUGUAACUCCUGACGAUGUCACAUCGGGAGACACGCUAGUCAUCACCACAGAUGCAGAUGCCCUUCCAACAGAAGUCAUGUGUACCAUCAGUGAUGGAAACACUCCUGUGCAAGAGUUCUCGUUCUUCACUGGAGAUGGCAAUUCAUUGGCUCUCAAGGACAAGUUUGGAUCUUUUGAACUUGUUUCAUGCACAGAUGAAUCAGGAAGCUCCCAAGACUGUGAAGUGGAACUAUGUUACACCUAUGAUCUCAGGAAUGUUGGAACCAACAACAUGGACAUCACCCUGCUUGAAAGAACAAGGAAUGGUGAAACUAUCAGCCUGCUUGACAUGCUUGAUGUUACAAACUUGCAACCAGGGGAUGAAACCACUAUUGAGGACAAAGAGCUUGUUGAUCUGUGCCAAGAUGAGACCUACACCACAACAGUUAGUGUGGAAGCAGAUCCACCCAAUGGCAUUACUUGCUUUGAUGAAGAUGAAUACACCUUUGAUACCAACGUGGGCUGCAAGGUUGACGUUUCAAUCACAUGUGAAUCUGAGAAUGGAACUCCUUGCACUGAGCUUGGCCCUCCAGAAGGCUCUUGCAAUUUGAAUGGUGCAACACCAAUGACAGAAGUGAAGUUCCGCUAUGUGGACUGCACCUGUGCAGAAAGUGCCCCUUCCAACACUCAGCCUGAUGCUCCUUGCACUGAUUCUGUUCCACUUCCAACUGGAGCAGUCAGCGUUGCAUGCACUUCUGGUUUUGAUGGCUCUGCACUUGGCGUUGAACCAAGUGACAUCAUGCCAGGUGAUGCAGUUGUCAUUAGCUCACCAGGUGGAGGUGCACUCCCUGUUGAGGUUCAAUGUGUGAUUAGUGAUUCCAGCAGUGGUGGGGCGACUGUUUACCAGGAGUUCUCAUUCUUCACUCAAGGGUUUGCUAUGACUUUGAAAGACAAGUUCGGAGGUUUUGAAUUGGAAGGUUGCGCCAAUGAGGCAGGAGGGGACCAGGACUGCCUCCAAGUCGUAACUUAUGUCUAUGACUUGCAAAAUGUGGGAUCAAAUGAAAUGGAUAUCACCCUUAUUGAGCGAACACGCAACAAUGAAACUAUUUCCCUUCUUGAUCAGCUUGAUUUUACUACUCUCAAUCCAGGCCAAGGCACAACAGUGACAGAGCAAGACACAAUUGAUGUCUGCAUUGAAGAUGACUUCAUGACAUCAGUUUCUGUGGCAGCUGAUCCUCCCAAUGGCAUUACAUGCUUUGAUGAAGAUGAAUAUGCAUUUGAGAUUAAUCCACCAUGUCAAAUCUUCGUGGACAUGGCCUGCAGCACUGUGGGUGGUGAUGACUGUGAAGAGCUUAUUGGAGAGCAGCUGGUGGAAUGUGAUUGCUCUGAUGACUGUGCUAGAGAACUCAUCUACAGGUACACUGCUGCUGAGUGUGAUGAUGGUGCAAGUGGAUGCGCUGAUGCUGGAUCCAAUGAAGUGUCUGCAAGCAUUACCGUGGAAAGUGAUGGAGUUACCUUCUUUGACGGACUGGUACAGGUGGAUGAUAAUAUUGUGAUUCGUAACGAUGGUGAAUGUCUUCCCAACUCACUGAGUGUUACAGUCAGUGAUGCUUCUGGAACUGAAACCCAAACUGUCACUGUUGAUUCCACAUGUUCUGGAGCUGUCACAUUGCUGGAUGACUUUGGUGCUCUGGAGUUUGCUGGAUACACUUGUGCUGACAACGUUCCUCACAACUGCUACACUGAUGUCGAGUACAACAUCACUACCUCAAAUGUUGGAACAGUUUCCCAAACAGUAACUGAAUGGAGCUUUGAACUCAAUGGUGAAACCAGGCCUCCAGGAAUUACCCUGCCCACACUAGAACCCAAGGAAUCUUUCUCCAAGAUUGAGCCAGCUGAAAUUGAACUUUGCACCAAUUCCCAAUAUGCGGCUUCCACAAAUGUUGCAGCAGAAGGAUCAGCAGAUGGAGCCAUCUGUGAGGACACUGCAGGAAUUACAUUUGACAUCACAACAGGUUCACCCUUUCCCAGCCCCAGUCCCAGUGAAACCCCAACUGAUGUACCAAGUUCAUCCCCAAGUGAGCCCCCGACCCGAGCUCCAACACCACCACCAACUCCAGAACCAACGCCGCCACCCACACCACCACCGACACCAGAGCCCACUCCUCCUCCUACACCACCACCAACACCUCCGCCAACUCCUGACCAACAAUACCACCCCUGA